UUUAUCCUUUUGUUGGGAGUGUACAGACUACAACGGUGGCAAAUACCGGCCGUGCAAAUAACGCUUUUAUUUUGACACCUCACUAACAGUAGUCUUUCCUGUCAGCAUCCCUGAUUUUACUGCGCAUGCGCCGGCUGCAGCGUGAACAGCCGCCUUCAGCGUCGUCUCGUUGCUGCUGAUACGAUCCUCCGGGGAGGGGAUAGAGAGCGACCGCGGCGUUUCUGUCAGUACGCCGUCCGAUGAAGCACCUUCCUGCCUCUCGCUGAUUCCCCACCACGUGGCCUGGAUGGUGUCGGGGUGCUGCUGAAGAACAGAGAAUUUGUGACCCAGGAAGGGGCUGACAUGCCACCCACUGCUUGGCGCAGUCCGUGCGCUGAUCUGUGUCCGACGUGGACAAGGUAACAAGCGGGGCCCCGCUGCAUUAGAACCGUCCUUUUUAACGUGGAGGCCCCGGCCAGGCAUCUGUUUAUUGGAUACCGGGGAUUAACGACAUCGCAUGCCCGAUCGCAGAGCCGGAGCCCCGGCGCCAACGCAGCACAGCGGGUGUUCGGCUGCAGGUGGAUGGCCGACCCGACGGUGACGGCUCGCCGCUCCCCUCCCUCUCGGCCGUCCUCCCGAGCUCUGACGACGCGACCGAAAACCGAGAUCGACGAAUAAAUAAAGCCGAGCCAUGCUUCCCGGGGUCGGCGUGUUCGGCACCAGCCUGACCGCCCGGGUGAUCAUCCCGCUGCUGAAGAACGAGGGCUUCGCCGUCAAGGCGCUGUGGGGCCGGACGCAGGAGGAGGCGGAGGAGCUGGCCAAGGAGAUGAACGUGCCCUUUUACACCAACCGCAUCGACGACGUGCUGCUGCACCAGGACGUGGAUCUGGUCUGCAUCAACCUGCCGCCGCCUCUGACGCGGCAGAUCGCGGUUAAAACGCUGGGUAUUGGAAAGAACGUCAUCUGCGACCGGACAGCAACUCCUCUGGAUGCCUUCCGAAUGAUGUCAGCGGCCCAGUACUACCCCAAGUUGCUGAGCAUUAUGGGAAAUGUGUUACGUUUCUUGCCGGCUUUUGUCCGAAUGAAGGAACUUUUAGAAGAGGGUUACAUCGGGGAGCUACUGGUCUGUGAAGCGCAGAUCCACAGCGGGAGUCUCCUGGGUAAGAAAUACAACUGGAGCUGCGAUGACCUGAUGGGAGGCGGCGGUCUGCAUUCUGUGGGCACUUACAUCAUCGACUUGCUCACGUUUCUGACCGGUCGGCGUGCAGCAAAAGUUCACGGCUUCCUCAAGACCUUUGUCAAGCAGACGGAUCACAUCCGGGGCAUCCGUCAGAUCACCAGUGACGACUUCUGCACGUUCCAGAUGGCGCUGGAGGGGGGCGCGUGCUGCACCGUCACGCUCAACUUCAACAUGCCCGGGGAGUUUCGGCAAGAGGUGAUUGUUGUGGGGACGGUCGGAAGGUUAACGGUCACGGGGAGCGACCUCUACGGACAGAAGAACUGCGCGGGCGAAGAAAGCGGCGGAGGUCCCGAACUCCUGCUCAAAGACACAACGUCUCUUGAGAGGGCCUCCUUACCGGAGAAGGCCUUCAGCGACAUUCCGUCCCCGUAUCUCACCGGAACGAUCCGCAUGAUCCAGGCGGUGCGGCAGGCCUUUCAGGACCAGGACGACCGGAGGACGUGGGACGGGAGGCCUCUGACCAUGGCCGCUACCUUUGAGGACUGUCUUUACGCUCUUUGCGUGGUGGACACCAUCAAGAAAUCCAACCAGAGUGGCGACUGGCAGAACAUUGUGGUGAUGACGGAGGAGCCGGAGAUCAGCCCGGCCUAUCUGAUCAGCGAAGCGAUGCGGCGAAGUAGGAUGUCACUCUACUGUUAGCGUCUGGGCUGAAGGGCGGAUGCACACCUACCUUCACUGUAGACGGCCUUGGGGUUGUUGGAACAUUAUUCCUUCAAUCUCUAUUGGUACUGUUAUGGUUUACUGAGACGUUGCAUGUGCAUUAGAGGAACGCAUGUGAUCAAUAAUCUAAUCUUUAUUUAUUAGGAAGCCUUUCCUUUUUUUGGUUUUUAUCAGAAGAAUUCCUUCCACGUAGAUGCACCUGUAAUUAAAACCGAUUUCAUACAACCGUAGGGUGUAGUUCUCCGUCAGAGGCAGAUCAGGGAGUGGAACUAAUGCUACUGCACUCUGCUUGACCAUGAGGGUAUUUCAUCCCUCAUUUCUGCUUCCCUUCUACUGUGACCCGGUUUGAAAGACAACUCCUUACACUGUGGGUCCAAACGAGGACAGCCAAGGAAGAACGAUAGUCCUCUCAGUUGAAGCUGUACCGCUGUUUUGUCGCUGUAAUCUGAAGUCCUUGCUAGUUUUAACAGGUGAAUGUUUUAAUCACAAAAAAAUUGGGUGGAUCUUCCUGCUCUGUAUGCUUUGUGUGUGUGUGUGUGCGCGUGUGUGUGAAAAAAGAGAUCAAUAGUUUGGCUUGUGGGUUUCAGAGGGGUUUGCGUGUGCACUAUAACCAGACAGUAGUCCUCUAGCCAAGGGCUCGGGUUGAAACAUACUCUGGUGCUUUUAUGCAGUUACAGUAGCCUGUGCAUCAGGAUGCGAGUUCUGUGUGAGUGGCUAGUCCAGUGGUGCUUUGAUAUGUAAUUUAUUUUGUGCGUCAUGGUCAUAAGGCAUGGCCAUCAUCCCAUGACUUCUGUGUGGUGUCUACAUAUCCGCACCAAGACACAAGUGUGGCGGUUUUGCAGGUGUUUGCAAAGUGGUGUGAGGGUGUAAUCCUAAUAUUGCAAUGCAAUGGGUUCUCACUUGCACCAAGUACCCGUGAUUUAGAAUUGAGCACACUUGUGGACUUGUAAAACUGUAAAGAGUGGUGAAUGAGGGGUCAGCAGACAGUCAAUGGCAGUAUAAUACAACAAAAGGCUUUUAGAAAAGUGUGAGUCACGGCAUUCAUUAGGGGCCCUUGAGCGUGCAGCCAUAACUGGCCACUAAAGUAUUAUGCAGAAAAACACUUUAUUUAAUUACACCUUGAUUCAUCUCCCCUCUCCUCUAGUUAGCGUUUUAAUGUAUCUCAGUUCAUUGCUUGGGUUUUUGUUCCUUUUCUCUCUCCCCUCCCUGGCCGUCCGAUUUCAGGCUAAACUCAUCUCACAGAAUGCAGCUUUACAACAUCAAAGAUGAGCAGAGAGACAUCAAGAUAAAUGUUGGACGUAAAAGACGCAUUUCCUGAUGUGACCGAGCACUGUUUCUAGUGGCGAUGUAGAUAACACAAGCGUCACAGACUUCAAAUGGAAACUGUAAUAACAAUUGAGGUGUUUGAUUUUUACACCGAUGAACAAGUCGCAUGGAACCAACCACUCGUCGUGUUUCACUCACACAGGUAAGCUCAAACAAACCAUGGGUAUUUGUGAGUAUCAUGUGACCUCGGGUUUAGCAUAGAUCUCCGCAGGUUUGAGAACGCCACUGACCUUCAAGCCAGAAGAUUGAUUUUCUUUUACCCCUGUGGUGUGCUUUCGAAAUCUUAAACUGUGCUGAAAUACUAUCUUGUGUAAUGACUACUGAAAAUGUACAGAAGAAAAUAUGAUGAACAACAAACAUGCGUUUGUCUAUAGAAAUAAACUGUAUGUAUUUUAUUUGUAAAAAAACCAAUGAACUUGUUUCUUCUU